UAAGAAGCGUAUUAAUUUCCUUCUUCCAUCUUUUCGUUUAGAACAAACAAACAAACAAGAUGAAAUAUUUAAGUGGGCUCACACUCGCAGCUGUAUUAGCUGGCCUUAGUGCGUGCUCAGCCAUGCCGCAACCAGCUAAAAGAGCAGUCGGGGAUUUAGUUCGUGGUGUCAAUUUAGGAGGUUUACUUGUCCUUGAGCCAUGGAUCACUCCUCAAUUAUUCGACGAAACAGGAGAUGGUCGAGUUAUUGACGAGUACACACUCGGUCAAUAUGUUGAUGAAGCGACGGCUGAAUCAUUAAUUAGCGAACAUUUGCGUACAUUUAUAACAGCUGACGAUUUAGCACAAAUUAAAGCUGCGGGAUUGAACGCAGUUCGUAUCCCAUUCCCUCAUUGGGCUGCCGUACCAACCGAUGAACCAUUCUACGAUUUCGGCCGUUUCGACAAGCUCAAAGAGGUAGUUGGUUGGGCUCGUGAUCAAGGAAUCCGCGUUUGGGUUGAUUUACAUACUGCCCGCGGUUCACAAAAUGGUUUCGACAACUCCGGUCAUAAAGGUGAAGCAACCUGGCACACGAACCAAGAUAAUGUCAAUAACGCACUCGACGCUAUUUCAGCACUUGCUGAAGAAUUCGCUAAACCAGAGUACGCUGGUGCAGUCGAGGUUAUUGAGCUUAUGAAUGAGCCUGCAAGUUUCUUGUCACCAGACAUUGACGGUGUCGUACGUCAAUACUACUACGAUGGUUUCGGUCGUUUGGCUGACUCUGGUGGUCAAUUUGCUACUGGACUUCACGAUGCUUUCGAAGACAUCAACAGCUGGGAUGGUUUCAUGACUAGUCCAGAUUUCGAGAAUAUCUGGAUGGAUGUACACAGAUAUCAGGUAUUCUCUCCAGAAGAACUCUCAAGAUCUGAUGACGAGCGUAUCGCUUUCGCUUGUAAUUAUGGACCAGAGUUAGAACAACACUCACUCAACCACCAUUGGACUGUCUGUGGUGAGUUCACAACCGCACGUACGGAUUGUGCAACAUACCUCAACGGACGUGAUGGUGACCUCAAGCGUUGGGAUGGUUCUUUCCCUGGAAGCUACUACCAAGGUGGAUGCGACUACUUCUACGGUAAUAACGGCGCGGACUACCCAGAAGAUUACAGACAGUUCCUCAGAAAAUACUACGAAGCUCAAAUCGACGCCUUCGAACGCGGUUCCGGUUGGUUCUUCUGGACUUGGCACACUACUGGUCCUAACGCCGCCGACUGGAGCUACAAGAGGAUGCUUGAACUUGGUAUCUACCCUCAAGACCCAGCCGACAGAAUUUACCCUAACAUCUGCGGAUAACAAUAGAAAUCGGAACAUCGUAUAAUAUCUCAUCUUCUCAUCUUUCUUUCUUAAAUCUCAUAUAGUUGUGUGUUUUUCCUUUAUUAAUGUACCUAAUAAAUUAGCUAAUAUACAACAUAC